AUGGCGAACAAUUCGCUACCGGAAUUUCCGAUGAUUGAUUGGUGUUUCGACAUUGAAAUGUAUUAUGCUAGUUCGGAACAAAAUAUUGCUGCACAAAUGAGAAACACAUUUCAAGAAUAUAAACAAUUUAGUUUUCGCUACAAUGGAGUUCUAACUUCCAUUUUAGUCGCUCUCGGACUAGCUGGCAGCCUUCUUCUACUGAAACAGAUUUAUAGUUCACAUGUGUUCUCGAAGCGAUUGGCGAUUCAUCUGGGGAUGAUUUGUAUCUGGGACAGCCUAUACCUUGUCGCAUGCCUUGCCACUUAUGGUGUACCAUCUCUGUUAUAUGGAAUGAUACCUGUUUAUGGUGUUAUGGCUUAUAUUCUCUUCUUGUUACAACCAUUCGCUUCCUUUUGUGUUUCUUGCACAAUCUGGCAAGUAUUCGCCAUUACUUUGGAAAGAUACUUGGCCGUUUCGAAACCUCUGGAACAACGAGCUCGAACAGCGCGAUUCGCGGCUGGAUGGUUAUGCGCUGCGAUUGCUGCCGGGGCGUUUGUGCUCAAUCUCUUACCGGUUCCGUUCGAGCGACAACUUGUCCCAUGCUUUGAGAUAGUGGGAAGUCGUCUUCGUAACCAUACGCUUCUGAAACCUUACGACGAUGGCAACAGUCGUUUAUAUAGAUUUGUUGUGCAUUUCUUUCCGGAUCUAAUCUUUCGUGCUCCUCUUCCCAUCAUCUUCAUAGGAACCUUGACGGUCAAAACAAUUCAUGCAUGUAAUCAACGAAGCGUGGGAAACGUACAGCUUACCUCUCAAAUAAACAGAAAUAUUCCUCUGCGAUUAUACCUUCUCAACUUCAAGUUCAUCUUGUGUAAUACACUUUACAUGUUUAACACAAUUCUAUUAGAGCUUCUGGGUUACGGAGAAAGUGUUGAAUCCAAUGAAGAAGGACUUAUUGAUCGUUAUAUGAAUUCGUUUUACCUUACUGAUGCAUCGAACAUGUUACUGAAUAGUCGUCGAUUGGCUGGAAUGACUCUCACGUCUUCCUAUCGAGUGGUUCCGGUUAAACCGCGGGUAGCCGAAUUUGUUUUGCGAAGGAUUGUACCAGUAAAACGUUCCAUAGGGAUAGAGAUAUUAACAAAGAUUUGCUCAUCAAAUCCGGAAAUGGUGCCUGCCAUUGUGGGCACGCAAAAAAGUUUACCUGAUGGUGAAUUGUACUCCUGUAUUCCAUCGUUUCAAAACAAAGGAGAGCAAAUCGGACAGUUUGUUGAGCAGGUGUUGAAAUGGUUUUGUGAUCGCGGUCGAGAUGAAGGUAUACGACAGCUUGGAAGACGUUUAGGGCAUGCAUAUUAUCACUCCAACAUACAAUUUUCUGCUGAGCAAUGGAAAAUAAUUCGUGCGCAAGUUGUUGCCAUAAUUAUUCGACAUACACUCAAGGAACCUUUUCCAAAAGAAGGAUGUUGUUCAGUGGAAGAGUUGCAAGAGACCCUAACGCGAGUGUUCAACUUUGUUCUUUGUGAAAUGCGAAGUGGUGUGCUAUGCGCGGCUGUGGAGGCCAAAAAACGGGUAAAACUUUUUGCUUUGCAAAGUCCAGGGCAAAUAUGGAACAAUCGCGCAAGUGUGAGUGGUGUAUGGGCUGUUCCACAGGAUCCCACCAAAAGGCCACGAAGUCAAAACGGAAGAAGACGGUGCAGUUUGCAGAAUAACGGACUGCUACCGUUACUCAUAACUGAAGCAUCAUCGAAAUAA